CCCUUACUUGUCGGAAGUGUUUUGACGUUUAGUUGCUCGUAUGCAAGGGCUCCGCGCGCUCUUUGGUUUGGGCCUCUUGGUCGGAGGUACGCGCUUAUGCGCGAGGGUGGUACAGGGCUCGCAAGUUGGUGACACUUGUCUGCGUGAACUUGGAAGCGUCGGGAGCGCGCAGUGCCGAGAUUUUCGUUCUGGAUUAGUCAUGGAGGGGUCUCUGAAAUACCUUAGUCAGGAGGAGGCCCAGGCAGUGGAUGAAGAGCUCUUUAACGAAUACAAGUUUAGUGUUGAUCAGCUCAUGGAACUAGCAGGGCUGAGCUGUGCUACUGCCAUAGCCAAGGCCUAUCCAGUUAACUCAUUCACUUCCAAUUUUCCCACAGUACUUGUGCUGUGUGGUCCAGGAAACAAUGGUGGAGAUGGUCUGGUUUGUGCUAGACACUUGAAGCUAUUUGGUUAUGAACCAGCCGUAUUUUACCCAAAAAGACCCAAUAGAGCACUCUUUGAAAAUUUAACUGUGCAGUGUCAAAAAAUGGACAUACCGUUGCUCUCAGAGUUUCCAGAAGAGGCUGAGCUAAUUGAUGGAGCUUAUAACUUGGUCGUUGAUGCUAUUUUUGGAUUCAGCUUUAAAGGAGCUGUAAGAGAACCCUUUGGAAACAUCCUAAAUACCUUGAAACAUAUCACUAUACCUAUUGCAAGUGUGGACAUCCCAUCUGGUUGGGAUGUAGAGAAAGGAAAUCCUGAUGGUAUCCAGCCAGACAUGCUCAUCUCUCUGACUGCUCCUAAAAAAUCUGCCCUGCACUUUAAUGGUCGCUAUCACUAUCUGGGUGGUCGAUUUGUCCCCAUGGCUCUGCAGAAGAAGUAUCAGCUUAACCUUCCACAGUAUCCUGAAACAGAAUGUGUGCAGAAACUGUCUUAAAAAUAAAGAUAAAUAUGAAUGACUGUACUACCUAAAUCACUUAAAUUCUAUCAAUGUAAAUGAGUAUCUUGCAUUUCUUACUGCUUUUAACAUCUCACCUGCAGUAACAUUUGUAACUCUACACCAAGAGACUUGCAGGAAUUUUAAAGAACACUGUGCUCAUUUUUCUUUAGAAAAAGUUCUAUUUCAGGGGUUGUGCUGUAUAAAAACUGGACACGACUGCAUUUGACAAACAGCACUAGAUGUACUAGAUUUACAACAAUAAAACUAUUUUUCAUUAA